CCACACUUAUCUAUGUGAUGGUUCAAAGAUUAGAGUCUAGGCUAGGCCGAUGCAUCAAUAGUUUUAGUUCAGUCAAUAUCACAUAAAACAUAACAUUGCAAUACUUGUCCAUCUUUUGAAAGUAAGUUGUAUAUGCAUUUCUCUUAGACACGGAAGCUGAUCUCAAGCAAUAAAGCUGUAAUACAACAAUUUUAUAAGUAUUAGCGCUCUGGAUUACAACAAAAUGGCAACAUCCAAAAAAGAAAUCACCGUGGUAUUGCUUGGUAAAACAGGAUAUGGAAAAAGUUCUACAGGGAAUACUUUGCUUGGAGCUUAUCGAUUUGAAGAAAGUAAUAGCAUGUCAUCCAUCUCAAAAACUGUUGUAGAUUACAGCAACGAAGAUAAAGAUUGCAGAUGGCGUGUCUACGAUACACGUGGCCUGAUGGACGUCGAGAAAGAGACACCGUAUGAAGACUUUCUUUCUAUUUGUGAAGACAUAACCAAACUAAUGCAAAUCUGCAAAGAGCAUUCCAGUCAUAUCACAGUCUUUCUUCUAGUUUUUACUUUCAUCAAUAAGUUUUCAUGCGAGGACAAAAAAUCUGUCGAAUGGAUAGAAACAAUUUUCGGAAAAACCUUUUUUGAGAAUCAUUGUAUUAUAGUGCUAACAAGAGAGGAUUGCUUUGAUGGAAACCUUGACAAUUGGCUCCAAAAACAAACAGGGGAAUUUGCAAAUUUGGUAAAAAGGUGCAAACAAAGAGUGGUGCCGGUAUGUAAUAAAGACAUUGAUAACAAUGAUAAAAGACGCGAAGAUUCUAGAAAAAAACUAAGAUCAAGCAUUAUAGAGUUCAAACAGCCAACAUGGCUUUGUUACACAUUUGAUGACUAUAUGAAACAAUCCCAAGAGAGAAAUCUUGCAUUAGUCGAACUGGAACUCCCAAUACUUGAUGUUAAGUAUAAACAAGAAAUAUCAAGUGUUAGAGAAACAAGAUUAAAACUUAAACUUAAGGAAGAAGCGUUAAAUUUACAUACGAGAAUCGGCGUUUUGAUUGAAGAUAUUAAAAGGAAAGAUAAUAAGACUGGGUUAUUAGAUAAAUACAUUGAAGAAUUAGAAUUCGAGAAAGCAGCUAUCCCCUUAAAAAGUUGUAAAAUAUUUUAGGCCUAAUUGAUUAGCCAUUAACAUUGUAUUAUAAUUACAUUUUUUAAUUUACUUUAAUUUAGAUAUUAUCAAAGUAUGAUAUUUUUACAAUACCACUAUUUAAUUCACCUUUUCAUGGAGGAACCUGGGUGGGUAGGCGGACGCUAAUCUCAAAAAUAACUCUUAUGAUUUUUCUUGAAAUUUAAUAGCUGAUGAAUAUUGCUGAGAAAAGAAUUACUAGCUCGUUGGCUACAUGGGGAAACCAUAAUUUGACCGUUAUAAUUUUUUAAAGUAAUAAGUAAAUAAAUGUAAAUUCGCAGCACAAUCAAGCGAAUGAAGAAUUGCAAAUCAGCAGGACCUGACAGCAUCCUAGUUAAAGUACUAAAGGCAGCCAUUAUUACUGGUUUGAAGUUACUUAAGCCUCUUUUCUGCAGGAUAUGAGAAAAAGAAGAAGUGCCACCAGAAUGGAAGGAUGGCUACCUCAUCAAACUCCCAAAGAAAGGCGAUCUUAGUUCCUGCUCCAACUAUCGAGGGAUAACACUACUGUCCAUUCCAGGCAAAGUAUUUAACCGCAUUCUGAUAAACCGAAUGAAAGUUGCUGUAGAUCCACAUCUCCGUGACUAAGAAACCGGCUUUCGAAAGGACAAAUCAUGCACAGAUCAGAUAGCGACACUAAGCAUAACUUUGGAACAGUUCUUGGAAUAGAACUCCCCUCUCUACGUCAGUUUUAUAGACUAUGAGAAGGCUUUUGACAGCGCAGACAGACAGACAGACAGACACUCUGGAGAUUUUUGAGACACUAUGGAGUGCCUGAAAAAAUGACAAAUAUCAAGAAGUCAUGAGGGGAGGAUGACUUGCAGAAUAGUGCAUGGCAGACAACUGAACAACUGACAGAGGCAUUUGAAGUCCAAUAUAUUUAUUUAUAUAUGUCCUAUACUCUUGAGGUGUACUUUUCUUGCAUUUUAACGUUUAUUAUUAAUUUAUUAGUAGUUACAAGUUAGGUGAUCCAUCACUGAAUACUGGCACCUGUUUUUUUUUUUUUACAAAAUUGAACUAUAUAUAUAUAUAUAUAUAUCCUAUACUCUUAUGCAAGCAAUAUUUGUAUUAUAUAAAUUUAUGUAUGUCCUAUACUCUUAAGCGAGCAAUUCUGUUCUGGCACCUGUUUUUUAACAAAAAUGAACUGUAUGUUUAGCAUUUCUUGUAUGUAUAUUUGUAUAUAUACUUAUAUAUAUCAUAUACUCUUAAGCGAGCAUUUCUUGGCUCGGAGAAGUUCUACGGAUGGAGGACAAUUGCAUCCUGAAAUUCAUUCAACUUGCGUCUGACUCAAGAAAAACUGGUCGGCCACCUCCGUUACGUUGUGAUAACGGAAUUUAUAACCAAUGAACAUUGACACUAACCAUUGUAUAGACAUAGCCUUAGACCGCACUAGUUGGAGAGAGACGGUGACCAAGAAAGCUAUGAACUGCAAGAAAACAUGGGCCUCAACUCUUGAAAAAAAGCGUGAAACACGGAAAACGGCCAAGUCCUCUAACACCAAAGUGAAAGCCACUUUGACCAGCAAUAUAUGUGGACGGGAGUGUCUGUCCAAAAUAGGGCUAAAAAGCCAUAUGAGAAAGUGUUCGUGAUGAACCAGGGUCGUUCUACGCCUGUAGGAGGCCAAUAUAUAUAUAUAGUACAAGGGGCCUCGCCUCGCUGGGUAGAAACACUUGUUAAGGAAGAUGUUUACCCAAAAUCAUUUUGAAACAUUUUCGUAAUGAAGAGAAGAAGUGAUCAGGUAAAGACUACCACCUAAAGAGUUCCUCUUGUGAAAUUUCAGUUCGAAAUGAUAUUGUACGAGGCGAUUAGAAUAGAAAGUCUCCUUAGUUCCCCCAACAGUAUAGAAAACCACAGCUCACAUUGCAUCUUUUGCGUAAAACUAUUGGGCUAUUAUUGGCUUGGAAGAAAGUCUUUGCAGUGUAACUUCUAAAAUGGUUACGUUCUGACAUUUAAUAUUGCAAUUCAAUAUUGUUUUAGUACGAAACAUCAAGUGAUACUAAAUCUCUAGUUUAUAGGAUACAGCAUGAACUCAAUAAUAAAUAACAUAGCGCAUUUUUUCCUAAGAGACUUAAAAAAUUGCGUUUGUAUUCUAAAGAAGCGUUUCCAUGGAGCAUCUCUAUUACGCCGACCACCUUUCAGCUUACUCAAAAAGAUUGCCUUUGGCAUACGUUAGUCUACCAUACGGGAAACUUGUCCUGCCAAGCGUAACUGUUGGAUUAUAAGACCCUCCAUAAUGUCCAUACCGGCAUUCGCAACGAAUUCGCUAUUUGUAGUGCAGUCUUGCCACAUUGUGUUCUUGAUGGAGUGCUAAAAUCUUUGUUGAAAGUGUUCAAGAAGUCUUAGUUAUUCUGUACAGUACCCAUGUCUCAGGUGUAUAUAGAAGGAUUGAACUGCUUGGUAGAAACUUACUUUGUACUAGGCAGGCAGAGCGAUUUAUUUUGGCGUACACUCACUUGGAGGCAUCCAAAAGCACCACUGGCUCUGAUCAGACGGUGAUAACCCUCCCUUAAAAGCAUUGCGUCAUUUGAAACUACGGCCUGCCUGAUCUGGAACUGAGUAGAUAUUAUUGGGUGACUUCUGGAACAUGACUUUCAUUUCUCCAAGGUUUAUAGUAAAACCAAAAGAGGCGGCAGCGUAUGCAAAAUUCGUUGACCAUAGCACUCGGUGAAUACUAUAAGAAUAAAAGUUACACUAUAAAAAGGAUAUUCACUGUUGAAAUACCACAAUGCAAUUUAUAAAUAUUCAUCGUUUUUAUUUUGUCCAUUAAUUAUGCACAGACUCUUUCAAACAAUUAUGUACAUGGAUUGAUUAUGUAACUAAGGAAGAAAAUAUUAAUUAAAUUUGCAGAUGUGUGAUUAUA